CAUUUUCCGGCGUUAACUUUUUCAUCUGAACCCAAUGGAAACCCCAUCUUCAACACGACGAGUCACAAGGUCACAUACUCUGGUCUCCCAGAGCAACAACACCAUCCCAGUUUCAAGGAAGAACAAUGAAGAUUCUGAAAUGGGUGCAUCGAAAUCAAGAACAAGAAAUGGGAAAAACCAACAACAACAGCAAGACCGGUCUGCUCUGAUCGACAUAACCAACGAUUCUCCGAUUGUGGGAGUUGCAAUGCAGACUCCAUCGUCGGCGAUCAUGAAACUGAGGAGUCUCCGGGCCAGGACUACACCGGGCUCCGGCGAGGCUUUGUUGAGAGGUCAAGUCAAGACCCUGUUGCAACAAGUGGAGGAAGAGGCAGAGCUCUCUAAGCUCUCUUUUGAAAACAGACCUUUUCCACAUCUUCAAGGCCUUAUUGCGAACUCACCCACUGGACUAUUGGCCCCAACUCCGGCGAACACGCCGCAGGUGAAUGAUCUGUUAGCUGAUGGAAGUGGGAGUAACAUUGAGAGACCCUCUCCUAUGGUCCAAGAAAAAUUGAUCUCUCAGGUGGUAUGUGACAUUUUUGAAGGAAAGAAUCAAGCGAGCCUUGAAUCACAGAAGAGCAUCCUGAGUCGAUCUUUGCUACUUGAUUUCUCUGAGAAAUCUGAAAUAUCUUAUUCAGAAGAAGAAGAAGACUGCUCCUCUGUGAUUACCAGUGAAAGCAAAGAAAGGUCCUCCCCGGAUGAUGAUAGUGCUUCAAUGUGGUCCAUUCAGGUCAAUGCGAGCACCCGUGAUGAAGAAGAGGAUGAAGGAGAAGACUAUUUUCUGAAGGGAGUUGUUGAAACUGAAGAAUUGGAAGACGAGAUUGAAGAGGAUGAUGCAGGAUAUGAUGUUGAUGAGCUGUGUGAAAGUGUAAGCAAGAUUUUUGUGAAUGAGAAGAGAAUGAUUCCCAAGUUUGAAGGAAAGCGCACAAAGUUUGUGUAUAACAGUGAUGAUGAGAUUGUUGAAGAAGUUGUAGAAGACAAUACUCCACGCACGCCAGAUUCAGCUGAUGUUGUGUCACCAAGUGCCUUGUGCUUGAAGGGAUUGCCUACACCGAAAGGAAAGCACUUGCGGUUUCUGGAUGAAGACGACUCUGGUUAUAGUUGCUAAUCAAAUAAUGAUUGGGUUGUCUUUCCUGAUAACCACAUAUAUCUAGGAAAUACUCUUGCUUCGUUUGUUUUGGAC